GAACCAUUUUAAAAACACAUUCUCUCAUAGCCCUGGCUCUAAAAGGAAAACUUUAGGUUUUGGAUUUGGACUAACACUUUUGUCUACCUAAGUGUUUAGAUUAAGUAGAGCAAUAAAGCUCAAUUAUUCUCUCCUAUUACAUCAUUUCUUUUCUCCUUUUUACAUGUCUCCAGCACUAUCUUCUCUUCAUCAGACUUCAGUUCACAUGGCUUCGGAAAACCCCAUUGUCUUAUCAUGGGGUGCAGGAGAAGAUGGACAGUUAGGUAUUGGAGAGAAUGAAGAGAAAGAAUGGGUUUGCUCUAUCAAAGCUCUUCAAUCUGAGAAAGUUUCUUCAGUUGUUGGUGGAAGUAGAAACUCACUUGCUAUAUGUGAAGAUGGAAAGUUGUUCACAUGGGGGUGGAAUCAAAGAGGAACCUUAGGCCACCCACCAGAAACCAAAACUGAAAAUACUCCUACCCAGGUUAAAGCUCUUGCAAAUGUAAAGAUUGUUCAGGCAGCAAUUGGUGGAUGGCACUGUUUGGCUGUUGACGAUCAAGGCCGAGCUUAUGCUUGGGGUGGAAACGAGUAUGGUCAAUGCGGUGAAGAACCUGAGAAAAAAGAUGAUAGUGGUAGGGCUUUAAGAAGGGAUAUCGUAAUUCCUCAACGAUGUGCUCCAAAGCUUAAAGUUCGCCAGGUUGCUGCUGGUGGCACUCACUCUGUUGUGCUUACACAAGAAGGCCACGUGUGGACAUGGGGACAGCCAUGGCCUCCUGGAGAUAUUAAACAGAUUUCGACUCCAGUUAGAGUACAAGGUCUUGAAAAGGUGAGGCUUAUUGCAGUUGGCGCAUUCCAUAAUUUGGCACUCCUAGAAGAAGGCGUGCUAUGGGCUUGGGGUAACAAUGAGUAUGGACAACUGGGGACUGGCGAUACACAACCAAGAUCGCAACCUAUUCCUGUUCAAGGGCUUUCCGAUCUCACCUUGGUUGAUAUCGCGGCUGGUGGAUGGCAUUCUACGGCAUUGACAGCUGAAGGAGAGGUGUAUGGUUGGGGAAGAGGAGAACACGGGAGGCUUGGGUUCGGAGAUGACAAGAGCAGUAAAAUGGUGCCUCAGAGGGUUCAGCUUCUUGUCGGAGAGCACAUAAUCCAGGUUUCCUGUGGCGGCACCCACUCUGUUGCAUUAACUCGCGAUGGACGAAUGUUCACUUUCGGGCGUGGAGACCAUGGACGUCUUGGGUACGGGAGGAAAGUCACCACAGGUCAUCCUAUGGAAGUACCCAUAAACCUUUCAAAGUCAAAGGAUGUACCAAGUGGCAGUGAUGAUGAUGAUACUCUAGGCCAAAGAUGGUAUGCUAAGUUUGUUGCUUGUGGUGGGCGCCAUACUCUAGCAAUAGCUGUGCUGCAGCCUGAUGAAGAACUAGCAGAAGAAGAAACUUAAGAGGUUUCUAUAGAUUCUGAUACUUGUGUUGAACCCAGAUUGAUGGGAAUACAAACUUUAUAAUGUUAGAGAUGUGCGAACUUAUUAAUUACAACUAAAAACAACUUUUUAAACUGUAAUGGAGAAAUAGACACCAAUAAUUUGAAAAUUUUUGCCUGGUUAAAAUAAAAGAUAUAUUAAUUACACUGC